AUGGGUGACCCAGCAACGAGAAGACCUAGUAUCGUGGUUCAACGGGACUUCGUGUCACAUGUGCCCGAGUACCAUCGAAGACGAUCCUUGAGUAUUCAGCAGCAGUCUGACAGUGUGGACAUUGGAACCAGCUUGAGUGAAUUCUGGGCGGGCAUAGCAAUUCAAGAAGAAUCCCCCAGAGCCGUCAAAGUCGGCAUCGCCGUGCACGAUGGAACGUACAGCGUGGAUUUCGCUGUCCACCGUAUCUCUCUGGAUGAUGACCAGGAAAAAGACGAAAACUCAGACUGGAUCGCUGAUCAUUUGAUCACUCAGCUCUCCGUGUAUAGAAAAGAACACGUGUGCAAAAUCCUGGGGGCCGGUAUCCUCUUGGAUCUUCACAAGAAGAGCCCAUCACUCUGCUCCAGGCUCUGGUUAGAGCUGGACAUGGUGCCAAUCGUGGUCGAAUCGAAUCCAGUGCUGCAAGUUCAGAGGAUCUCGAAGAAUGUCCCGAAACUGCUGAAUAAUGUCGAUGAAAUUGCCGAUUCUGCUGCAAGAAAAUGUUUAGCACUGUACGCACCAACGAAACAACCCCGCCUAGCAAUCAGCUAUCGUAAUCAAGUCGAAGUGGACUUAGCAGGCAUGAUUCAGUUGACCACUCUUGACGAUUACGAGAAAUCCGUCAGACCACCGACUUGGAGGGCAGUCCAGAAAUACGUCAAGGAUGUUGUCGAUCGCAAGCUCAGAAUCGUCUUCUUCAGUGCUACACCGCAGGGAGGAGGAGUCGCCUUGAUGCGCCAUGCCCUACUCAGAUUUUUGGACCUCCAAGGCGUUAACGUUGAAUGGUUCGUACCCAAACCGAGGCCAGACGUCUUUCGAAUCACCAAGACAAACCACAAUAUUCUGCAAGGUGUUGUCCCACCUGAUGUACGCGCCACGGAUGGACAUCUUGCAAAGAUCAAACAAUGGAUUAUCGACAAUGCGGAACGCUACUGGCUUGGUGAAGAAGGGCCGCUCAGAGCACCGGAAGAGGGAGGUGCGGAUGUUGUCAUUAUCGACGACCCUCAAAUGCCAGAGCUUAUUCCAAUUGCAAGGAAGAUGUCGCCUGAGCGUCCUAUUAUUUUCCGGAGUCAUAUUGAGGUCCGCGACGAUUUGGUCCGGGAGGACGGAAGUGCCGCUCAACAUGUUUGGCGAAAUAUGUGGUCCAGCAUCAAACAAGCCGACAUUUUCCUCAGCCACCCUGUCCGGUCGUUCGUCCCGAAUGAUGUUCGGAAAGAGACUCUUGGUUGGCUUCCGGCUACCACAGAUUGGCUUGAUGGCUUGAACAAAACCAUGGAUGAAUGGGAUCUGCAAUACUACUUCCACGUCCUACGACAAACCUGCCAAGCCCAAGGUAUUCCACAGCUCGCAUAUCCUCAACGUGGCUUCUUCACUCAGAUCGCACGCUUCGACCCUUCAAAGGGUAUACCCGACGUUAUCGAAAGUUACGCCAAGUUCUGCAAGCUCAUGAAGGACGAACCGAAGAGAAAUAUCCAGCAACUGGUCCUCUGCGGCCACAGCUCCGUGGAUGAUCCCGACGGAAGUCUGAUUUACGAUCAAACAAUGAACUUGAUCCUCAGGCAUCACCCGGACUUGAUUGAGGAUAUUGUAGUUGUCCGACUCGGACCAAGUGAUCAGAUCUUGAACGCCAUCAUGUCUCUGUGCACUGUGGCCUUACAGCUCUCCACACGGGAAGGAUUUGAGGUCAAAGUCUCCGAAGCCCUGCACAAGGGCAAACCCGUCAUCGCCACUCUGGCCGGCGGCAUUCCACUUCAAGUCGAGCACGGAAAGAGCGGCUUUCUUGUUCGACGAGGCGACCACGACGCCGUGGCCCAACAUCUCUACGACCUCGUCAAUGACUAUGACCUGUAUGAAAGAAUGAGCGAGUAUGCCAUGACCCAUGUCAGCGAUGAGGUGCAAACAGUCGGAAAUGCCCUCAGUUGGCUGUACCUCGCCUCAUCUCUAGCUGGAGGUAAGACAUUGAAGCCGAAUGAGAGAUGGAUCAACGACAUGGCGCGGGAAGCAGCUGGGGAACCAUACGAGGAUGGAGAGCCGCGUUUGCCGCGGCAUCUAUCUACCUAA